ACUCCGAAGAGCAGCGCCGUUCAUUCGCAGUUCAGUGGGGCUUCAUGGAUGAGCAGGGAUGGCAAGGCGAGUGAGACUCUCACAGGUCAUAACAACGCUGCUCCUGCUUUUCUUCGAUGGAACAGAAUGUGCAGCCAGUGGAGGAAAGAAGGGAAACUUGGAAAAAUGCGCUUACAAGGGAAUCCAGUGUAGUUCGGACGAGAGUGGACGCAAACUCAUCACGUUUCGCAAUGACAACUGCUCUCUGAGCACAAAUCUGUGGGGGAAGCAUGCCAUCCAUGAAGUGAACAACAUCACCUUCACUCAUUUGUCCUGCGAUAACCAGGCAGCCGUGGUAGUCCACUGGAUGGCAAGUCCGCUCGGUAUUGAACAUGUGAAGGGCUUUCGGGUUUACUUGGAGGACAAGAAUCCAGAGGGGAAACAAUGCCAGCACAUGAUCCUGAAGGACCCCCGCCAGCUCAAUUUUUCUUUUAAGAAUGUGAAGGUGAGCUCCCAGCCCUUUGUUGGUUUGGCCUUCGAGAUGGACUACAUGGUCAGAAUCGUUCCUUUCCCCACCUUCAUGAAUGACAGCUUCUUCCCUCCUUCCUUCCUGCGCACCAACAGUUGCGAAGUGCUUCUUGGCCCAGACAACCUCGUAUGCAAACCAUUCUGGAAGCCCAAGAUGCUCAACGUCUCUCAGCUUGGCUCAAAUUUGCAUGUUGUGUUCGACCUUGCUCCUCCUACCUUUGGCUUCAACACCUACUACUUGUACUACAAGCUGCGGCAGGAGGGCCACUUCAAGCUCAAACGCUGCAAACCGGAGCUGAAUGGUCCUAAAACUACAUGCGUUCUGCAGGAUGUCACUCCGGGAACAUAUGCAAUAGAGCUCCGUGAUGACAACAAUUACACCAGGAGACAGACUCAGUACCAUGUGAGCCAAGUGCACUCUCCAUGGGCUGGCCCCAUUCGCGCUAUGGCCAUCACCGUGCCUCUCGUCAUUAUGUCUGCAUUCGCCACCCUCUUCACUGUCAUGUGCCGCAAGAAACAGCAAGAGAACAUCUACUCCCACCUGGACGAAGAAAGUUCAGAGUCGUCGUCCCACACAACGUCUCUGAGCGCAGAGAGGCCCUGGCCCAGGCCCAAAGUCUUCAUAUGCUACUCCUCCAAAGACUGCCCCAAACACCUCGCAGUCAUUCAGAGCUUUGCCUUUUUUCUGAAGGACUUCUGCGGCUGUGAGGUGGUCCUGGAUCUUUGGGAGCAUUUGGAGAUCUGCAAGGAAGGUCAAAUUGCCUGGCUGAGCCGCCACAUUGACGAGGCUCACUUUCUCAUCACCGUCUGCUCCAAAGGCCUCAAAUACUUUGUGGAGAGAAGGCAUCGCAAAGGCAAAGCCACCUCGAAGGAGAACAACAUAGAACCUAACCUUAACCCUAAUCCUGGAGAUGUGAGCAGCAGGGACCUGUUUGUGGUGGCGACAGCCAUGAUCGCGGAGAAGCUGCAUGAGGCACACCGAAAUUCGUCUGACCUCUCCCGCUUUCUGGCUGUUUACUUCGACUACUCACGCGACAGUGACGUGCCUGCCUCACUGGUCCUGGCGCCUAAGUUCAAGCUGAUGGAGCAGCUGCCGCAGCUGUUGGCACAACUACACUCACGGCACCUUGGCCAUCCGCCCAGUGUCAGCAAACGCAAUUAUUUCCGCAGCAGGUCAGGGCGCUCACUGUAUGUGGCUAUCUGCAACAUGCAUCAGCAGGUGGCGCAGGAGCCUGACUGGUUCGAGCGGCAGCUGAUGCCACCACCACCCCCGUCUGAUACCAGCAAGCAAGAGAAGCUUGAGAAGCUCGACUCUGGGCUUGUGCUCAACGAAGUGGUGCUAAAGCGACCCUCAGAAAGUGAGUGCCCCAUCAGGAGCAACGCCCUCAUCCUAUCUGCAGUGCCCAAGUUGGGGGCCUUCUCGAUCUCAGGCCUGCCAUCGAGUUCUGCACAGGCGGAAAUCGGAGAAAGUUCAGCAUCAACAUCAUCAUCGUCCAGCCAGGAGGCGAGUGUUUCACCGCAGCCUUAUCACAUGGAUGGCUCUGCGAGCCCCCCAGAAAUGCCCAGAGACUCUGGGAUCUAUGACUCCUCUGUUCCCUCUUCAGAGCUGUCCAUCCCACUGAUGGAGGGGCUUUCCCCAGACCAGGCCGACACGUCCUCCUUAGCGGACAGCGUGUCGUCUUCCUCUGGGCUGGGUGAUGAGGAGCCCCCUGCUGUCAGCUCGCUGCACUGCACCAUCCCUACCAUCUGCAAGGCCGAGCUUCAUCACCACACAGAGCAGAGUGAAGAACUCAUAGAAGCUGCCUCCCCCUAGUGGCCUUUACCUGGACAUGCAUCGCCACUUUACUGCCCUUCAUUUCCUUUCGACGAGUCGCCGAGAUGCCCCUCAUAUAGCAUCCCGAAACGAAGAAGUUCAGUUUCCUACGCAGGGAAAAUUGUGGAGACUUUGAGACGUUUAUGACUUUUCCUGGACAUGUGACUGCUGAGAAAAGGAUGCUGCAAGGGGAAGCUAUUUAACCAAAGUGGCUGUACAGUUUUUUAAGUGCAGCCUUCUUUUGUAGUGUUAGCACUAAGCAUUACAACAGUUAGCGUAGCACAAAAAAAAUGAUUUUAUCCAAUCCACCCAUUAACCAGUUACUGUUUACCACUUCAUCAAAUGGACUAGUCUCUUCUGCAUUGUGCUGUAUAUUGGUUUACGGUACCAGGAACGUGUUGUGAGAACCGUAUUUUGUUGAAUGUGGAAAUAAUCCAUCCUUUUAAAAUGUUAUUUCAGUUUUAUUUAUUGGUUUGUAAUAACUUCUAUUAACGUUGGUUCAUAGACCAUUUUUUUCCGCCCAACUUGCAUUGGAUUUUAUGAUAUAUUUUACAUCACACUGAGAACUUACUUCAAGAGCAUCAGAUUGUGCAGACUGAAUUUCAGAGCAGUGAAUUAGAAUUAACACAUGAAUUGAAUAUGCAGACGUUUCUCUGCUAUAAAGGGAAGAGCAGGAAAUAAUUGCCAGUUUUGUCAAUUUGCUGAAAAUCUUUCUAUUUUUUUGCGUUUUGUACAGCUUUUUUUUUUUUAAUAUUAGAUGUGAUUUCUACAUUAUAUAUGAACUUUGUACUGUUUUAUAGUACUCUAAUGUAGGAUCUAUGUGAUAAUAAAACUAAGAUGUCUAUGA